AUGAUGGAGAAGCGCAGUCGCGAAAAGCAGGCCCAGCGGGAGCGCAUUUUGCGUCAGCCGCAGAGGGAGGAUGAGCGCUUGACGAGCCCCUCCGUUAUUCAGGCCAUGAAGCCAACCAAGAGUGGAGUCCUGCCAGACCCAGACCGGGAAGAACGUCUUGCGCAAGCCCGGCAGCGCGUUCAGGCCAAGGAGGCCGAGAAAAGAGCGGAGCGGCUAGAUUCCUUACACACAUUGUAUAUGAACGCCCGCAACUUUAUCACCACGGAGGAGCAGCUCGCUGCCGAGAUCGAGAGAGUCUUCCCUGAGGGCGAGAACCCGGCAUGGCGCAAUGACCACCAGCCUGGAGAGAACAUCUGGAACCUGGGUCUGCCGCCGACGAUCCAGUCCAUUGUCACGGACGCAAAGAAGAGCGAGGCUGCCCGUUGGGAUGUUAUUCAAGGCAGAGUCAAGAAACUGGCGGAAGAGAUUACGGGUGGGAAGAUGUGA